AUGAAGUUCGCACCCCUUCUCGCUUUCACCGUGGCCGUCGCUGCCUUGGCUCAAGAACAAAUUGUCCCAGCCAAAGUCGCUUGCGGCGAUAAGGCCCCAGACGACGGUUUCGAAAUCCUCGGCGGCCGGGAAGCCAAAUUCGGCAAGUACCGUUAUGUGGUUGGACUCAAGGCGUCGCCCGUUAAUGAGACCGAGUGCGGCGGCAGUCUGAUCGCCCCCAAUGUCGUUUUGACAGCGGCGCAUUGUUUGGACGAUCAUCCACCUUAUGUAGUCGUGGGUACGCACUAUUUAACCGGUUUUGCCGACGGGGAACUGGCCACUGUCACCGAGGAAAUCAAACACCCCAAUGACAUCGACGUGGGCAUCGUAAUCUUGGACCGCAACAUCACGACCAUCCACCCUGUGGCGGUGUCAUUUGAAUUCGUUGAGGCGGACGUGCUCACUUGGGUACGCGGCUGGGGAUAUGUCACGAGUAGAUAUAGUGGCCCCAAAUCGCAAGUGCUCAAAGAGCUCAACGUCACGACCUGGAGCAACACCGCGGCCUCGGAUGCGUUAUUCCCCAUCCCAGUGACCGAUACGAUGUUGGGUGCUGGAGGGGUGAAAGGAGAAGAUGCGUGUACAGGAGACUCGGGGGGACCGUUGACCAUCGAAGAAAAUGAUACCGUGCGCUUGGUGGGGGUGUCCAUCUGGGGCCGUGGCUGUGGUCGGCGCGGCAAGCCAGGUGUCUAUGCACGCGUCAGCUCUGUUCGUGACUUCAUUGAACCGUACUUGCCGAAGUGA